AUGUAUGACAAUCUGACCAUGCUGAACCUCCAGAGUGGCUCCAACUGGACCGGGCCCACCAACUGGUACCAUCAGCCCAACGCACUCACAUCGCAACAUGGCACAGACGGCUGUGUGGACGAGAUGGCGUUGCCGCUGGGUGGGGGAGGAGAAGGGGUGGUGCAGGGGGAGAGGGAGGAGUCAGAGGAGGCGCAGCUUCACCUGCAGCUGAAGAGGAAGCUCCAGAGGAACCGCACCAGCUUCACACAGGAGCAGAUCGACGCCCUGGAGAAAGAGUUUGAGAGGACGCAUUAUCCAGAUGUCUUCGCACGGGAGAGAUUAGCCGCCAAAAUAGACCUCCCCGAGGCACGCAUUCAGGUGUGGUUCUCCAACCGCAGGGCCAAGUGGAGGCGGGAGGAGAAGCUGCGCAACCAGAAGCGUUCGGGGGCCACCACUUCCUGUCCCCAGACCCACACGCCUCUCAGCACUUCCUUUAACUCUUCAGUCUAUCACUCGCACCAUGGCAACAGCUCAGGCUCCAUUCACAGUCGAAGUGAAUCCUCCCUCUCAGGAUAUGGCUCCCUCUCUGUGUUCUCCAGUGUGCAGGUUUUCUGUCUUCAGGUCCGGUGACCGUGCCGGGCAGUGAGCAGGACUUGGGCCAGUACUGGACCAGACUGCAGUGAGUUAGGCUCACGUCCAUACUGUAGAUAACACACCAAAACACCAAAACCCAUAGCUUAUGUUUGACAUACAUAACCCAUUUAU